ACGCUGAGUGCACUUUUGAAACCGUUGACUGUUUCAAUCGUUAUAUAUAUUUAUAUUUGAGGUAUAUAGUUUGGUUUAAAAAAAUAUUACUAACUCUCAUAUCUAGUUCAUAAAGUAAGUUAUAAACGGGAGAAGCAAUGGAGCCAUCAAUAGACCAUUUAAAUCGAAAGAUGUUAAAGCCGUUGAUGCCGGAAAAUAUGAGAACUGAACUGAUUGCCGCUCUUAAAAGUCAAAAUAUUCAACCCAGCAGAACUAAAUGUGUUAGAAAUAUAAAAAAGUUCACCUUUACAUCACCUUCGACAAGCCUAGGUGAACAGAGUGCCGUAAACGAGGAAGAUAAACGAUUUCAGCUUCGCUCGCAAGCAAUACGAGAAAUCAGAACUUCUGAAUUAUCUUAUAUGAAACAAUUGAACUUGCUUAUUAAUUAUUUCGUGAAUCCAUUAAAAAUAAACGGGCUUAUCCAAGAUCGUGAGCAUAGUCAAAUUUUCGGCCAAUUGGAAACAAUUCAUAAUUUGAGCCAGGAGUUGCUGACAAAAUUGGGAGAUGAUCUUGAUAUGGUCGUACAAGCAUUUAUGAAUCUAGGUCCAUUUUUUAAAUUAUAUUCGGUGUAUGCGUUCGAUUACCGUAAUUCCCUAUGUGCUUUGCAAAGUUUGAUGCAGAGAAACCCCGCAAUUAAGAAAUUUAUUGUAAACACCGAAUCUCGCCCGGAAGUUCAAACAAAACUAAUUUCACUACUAAUUACUCCGAUUCAAAGGAUUCCUCGGUAUAAGUUACUAUUACAGCAGGUUCUGUUAUAUACGAGUCCAUCAGAUAUGGUAUAUAAGCAACUUCAGGAUUGUGUCCGCUUAGUAGAGCAGUCUGUGUCCCAUAUUAAUUCGGUUGUUGAGGACUUUGAAAAUACGCAGCGUUUAAUUACUAUUCAAAAUGCAUUAACAAACAAAUCUUUGAGAAUUGUUAAACCCGCUAGGAAAGUUCUCAGGGAAGGUGUCCUUCAAAAACUAAAAACCGAUGGUUCAACAUCGCAAAAAUAUUGCAUUCUUAUGUCUGACCAAUUUGCUUAUUGUCGGAUGCUUAAAGAUCGAGACCACCUUUUUACUGAUAAUGGACUCGAAUGUUGUUGCAUCUUCCCGCUCAAAAAAUGCAAAGUUGUAGAAAUGUUCAGAGGAAGCUUCAAAAUUACUUGCAGUGGUGAUGGAAUUAUAUUCACGGCAAAUACUCAAGAGGAUAGCCAUAGUUGGUUCCAAGCCAUUCGAGAUGCCGUGGAAUUGCAUGUUCAAUGUAGAAAAACGUUGCGGAAACUUUCUAGUAAUCGAAAGCCCAUGCGUAAGAAGCACAUUCAACGACUUGAACCUGAAGAUGACUAUUUGUGGCUACUUCGACGAAAAACAGCUAGCCCGACUAGUCCUGUGAAGACGCGCAGAAUUGGAUUGUGUUCGUUUCGUCAUCUGGAUUGUCUGAAAGCAAACCGUUCAUUCCAGGAUAAUGCGAUUGUUACUGACACUAUGCAAACGCGUUCAAGAGUCAAUUUUGAGGCCACACAUGACGAAAACUCGAUUUGCCAAGAUACUGAAAAAAUCUCGGAAGAACUGAAUGAUUCUCAACGAAUAAGAUCUAGUAGAAAGCAUGUACACUUUAAACUACCUGCAUCUUAUUACAGGCGAUAAGCAAACAAAGACCGACGAUAGUCUAAGCUGCUAAUUUGAUUUUAACGUACUGAUUUUUAUCUAACUUUAUCUAUUUGUCUUCUUAGUAACGUAAUAAUUGAAACCUUAAAUGAAAUGUUUAUGAAUGGAUAAAAGAACACCGUUCUAUUCGUCGUGACUGAAAAGUAAUUCAAUAGAAAUUUUAAUAAAUUUCAGGUAUUCAACAAUUUUGAA